CGUUCGUUCGUCUGGUGAACGAAGACGACCGGGGCGGUAUCGCGGCCGACCUUAGUAUACGGGAAACGGCAUGCGGCUCUCGUCCGGUACGAUCACGCAAAGAGGCGUCCCUGUACGGUGCCGGAUAGCAGCGCUGCCCAACGAGUAACGCGCGUCAAACGAAGCUCUCGUACGCGACCGCCGAGGUCGUCAACUGAAUCUCCCCUUACAUCAUCAUUUCAUAACUUCGCGCCGUCCACUCGAGCGCCGGCGCCGGCGGCGCGGCUACGGCGACGUUAUAUAGCGCGUGAGCGACAUUCGACUCAGUGGAAGUGACAUUCGGUUUAAGGCGGAAAGAAACACGGGCGCCUACGGAAGAAUGGUCUCAACGACAGUAUUCCUACCUGUGUCAGUGUUAGUUAUCGCGCUCACUGGCGCUACGCCGAUUGGACAAGUCCUGGCUGCUUCGGUGCGGGACCGGCCGGUGUCGGCUAGAGGUGAAGCUUGUGGUCAGCCCUUGGUCGAGCCGCAGCUGGAGCUUGAGGACCGUAUUGUAGGUGGGCAACCGGCAGUUCCCGGCUCGUGGCCCUGGCAAGCUGCACUUCACAAGCACGGGACGGGCCAUGCUUGCGGUGGGGCCCUCAUAACUGACCGCCAUGUCAUCACAGCGGCCCACUGCGUCUGGACUCACCAGCCGGGUCAGCAGUACAUUAAGGUGCAUCUUGGCGGCCAUUAUAGGGACGUGCGCCAGAACAGUGAAAUAUGGGAGGAAGUAGAAGAGAUAUGCACACACACUAGCUUCAAUAACCAAAGAAAAUCAAGCUUGCGUGGUGACAUCGCCAUUCUGAAGCUGAAGAACAAGAUAAACUUCACGAGUGUAGUGCAUCCAGUGUGUCUUCCAGUAAGCUACGAAGAACUGGGUGAUGGUUCGCACUUGUACGUCACUGGCUGGGGACGCACUGGUCGUCGAGGAGUCGGCAAAAGUGAGGCUGCAGAACUGAAGCAGACGCUGACGAAGUCGAUGAGCACGGAAGCUUGCCGGGGCCACAGUGGUCGCAACUUCCCGCCGACAGUACUCUGCGGUGGUCACGAAUACGGCUCAUCUUGUGACGGAGACAGUGGAGGUCCCGUAGUUCACCGAAGCAAUGGAACAUGGACACUACACGGCAUCGUCGUCGGUGGUCCUCAGGAAUGCGGUGAAGAGGACGAGCCGCUGUACUUCGCCAAGGUGUCACACUACGUUCGGAACUUCAUCGACGUGUACGUGGAUACGAAGACUAGUCGGAAGACGUUACGUAAAAUAUGUAACUUUCUAUGAAGCAGACAAAUGGUUCGCUCAAAUUGGGACAAUUGAAAUGCGCCGAUUUUUCUUCCCUGCUCGCAGUUGAGUGUGUCUUGCAGAAUUUGCGCACUGUUAAGAGCGUUAA